GUUGCCAGGCAACCUGACGUCAGGUCCCCUGAAAUAAACCCUCCCUCUAGAUGCCACUGUGAACAGCCCUCCCCUCCGUCAGAGGCAAGUUGCCACUGGGUGGGACUCACGGAAUCCGCACGUGGCCACACUCACGGGUGCCUCACAACUGGUGCAGUCGUGGCUGCUAUAGAAACUGUGACCUUCACCACACACGGUGAAGUUCACAACUGCUCCGUCACCAUGUCCAGGGAACAGCGGGAGCACAGACCUGCCAGAAUGGACGUCCGAUCCUCCAGGCUGACAUAUACUGGCUUCAACACAGCUUUUCUACAACCAAGUGGGCAGAGGACAAGGGAUUCCUGCCUCCAGACAAACGGCAGCAAUGCUACACUGCAGUCACGCCAGAGGAUGUAGCCACGCGGCUGGGGAGAGGGCUCCCGCCAUGAACAAGCUGAGGCAGAGUCUACGACGGAAGAAACAGCCGUACGUGCCAGAGGCAAGCCGUCCACACCAGUGGCAGUCCGACGAGGAGUCAGUGCGGAAGGGCAAGUGCAGCUUCCCAGUCAGGUACCUGGGCCACAUGGAGGUAGAAGAGUCUCGAGGGAUGCACGUGUGCGAGGAAGCCGUGAAGAAACUCAAAACUGCGGGGAAGAAGUCGGUGAAAGCGAUCUUAUGGGUGUCAGCCGAUGGUCUGAGAGUCGUGGAUGACAAGACCAAGGACCUCAUCGUGGAUCAAACCAUCGAGAAGGUUUCAUUCUGCGCUCCUGAUCGAAACUAUGACAAAGCCUUCUCGUACAUCUGCCGGGACGGCACCACCAGGCGAUGGAUCUGCCACUGCUUCAUGGCGCUGAAAGACUCGGGGGAGCGGCUGAGCCACGCCGUGGGUUGCGCCUUCGCCGCAUGCCUGGAGAGAAAGCAGAAACGAGAGAAGGAGUGCGGAGUGACAGCCUCGUUCGACGCCAGCAGGACGAGCUUCACCAGGGAAGGCUCCUUCAGGGUGACGACCGCUUCCCAGCAGGCUGAGAGGGAGGAGACCAUGAAGCAACUGCAGGACAAGAAGAAAGGUGAGCCAGUGGCCGCAGGCAGCCCCGCCGUGGGAUCUGCAGCCCCCGCGCCCGGCGGCACCUCGCCCCCCCAGGGGGCAGCCUCCCCAGUGGACAAGAGUGAGUCGAACCCCCAGCACGCCAUCCCCCGCAGGCACGCGCCGCUGGAGCAGCUGGUGAGGCAGGGCUCCUUCCGCGGGUUCCCAGCACUGAGCCAGAAGAACUCGCCCUUCAAGCGGCAACUCUCCCUCCGCCUCAACGAGCUGCCCUCCACUCUGCAGAGGAAGACCGCCGAGUUCGAGGUCAAGAGCCCAGUGCUGGAGCUUGACUCGUCCCCCACCAACGACCCUGGCAGUGUGGAUGCCCUCUGCCCCCAGGGUAACGCAACCGUCCACAAGCCCCUCAUGGAUCCGUUCUCCACCACGCCAGCCAGCAGUUUGAUCUCGGCGAACGUCCCCACGCUGCCUCCACACGCACCCCAGGGGGUCGGAGGAUGGGCAGACGUCGCCAGCACCACCACCACGGGCGGGCCCACUGUGGUGAGCUCCACCUUCCACCCGAGCCACCGGCGGACGCCGUCCGAGGCGGAGCGCUGGCUGCAGGAGGUGGCGAAGGCGGCCCGGGCCCAGCAGCCCCUCGUCUCCGUGCCGACGGGGGUGCCGGCCUUCCCCGUGGCCCUGGACGCCCCCGUCAGCCUCUUCGUCCCGCCGCCCAUGCAGCCUGCCUUCGUUCCCGUGGCGACCUACCCGCCAGGCCUGACCAAUGGCGCGCCCUUCCCUCCCGCCAGCGUGCCUGUGGUGGGCAUCACCCCCUCACAGAUGGUGGCCAACGCCUUCGGCAGCGCGCAGGCCGCCCACACUCACCAAGCCGCCGGUGCCAAGGCCCCCUCCUUCCCGCCGGCCUUCGGGCACUCCUCCUCCUCGCCGGCCUCCGGUCCCCCCCGGCAACCCAACGGGGCGGCCGUCCCCAGCCAGCCGGGAGCCGGCGGGGUAGGCCGAGGGGCCUGGCUCCCCGAUCCCACCCCCCCGGACGCCGACCGGUUCGAGGCCCAGUGGGCCGCGCUGGAAUCCAAGAGCCAGCCGCGGGUCGGGCCCUUGCCCACCAACCCCUUCACCACCGACCUACAGAAGACCUUCGAGAUCCAGCUCUAAUGGCGCGCCCCGACUCCCAAUUCUUCCGACUGAGCUGCAGAACCACUAGCAGAACCACUUGUAAUCUCUCCCGCCUCUCCGCGCUAGGCGCCGGUCGAGAGAAGAUUCCCCCACCCCCCACCCACCCUCUCUGGUGCCCGUCCCUCCAUUGAGGGCCUGGUACAGGCCUCGAGCUGGGGGUGGAGACCCUUUCUCCCCCAUCCUCAAACGCCCCUUGUAAGUAGCGAACUCGCCGCAGUGGGAACAUCGGGCACGUCCUCAGAAUUUGAGUGGGAAACCUAAUCCCGGCUGGGCAGUCACAACUCCAGCCUCCCCUUCCUCCCCCCUCUCCCAGGAAACAGCGGGCUGGGAUCCAGACACUAAGGUAGACGCCCGGACUCUUUCCGUCCUUUCCCCCCUCUCCCCGCACCUCACUGCAGAAAUCGAGACGAUUCUGUCAAAGGGUGAGCUGAUUUUCUUCUUUAAAUCUUCCCGGUGGCUGUUUUAGUCCUUCUUCGCAUUUUAAAAACUAGAUCGCAUGUUAACUGCCUAAAGAAGGCCCAUUUUGUGGUAAACAAGGCCUUUAUAACCUCAGUCCGGUGACUUCCCAGUUGCUGUCCUUAUAAAUCAGAAAGGGUCAGGGUGAGGAGGGAAGCAGAGGCCUGCGGCCAGUUGGUUUGUGGUUGUUUGUGCUUCUGAACUCGGUCACCUGCCGGUGUUACACCGCCAGGUUUGGGCGUCCCAUGGGAAUACUACCAGGAGACUUUCCAAAUAUGACCAGGGACAAUCCAGAAACAGAUUCCUUCAGGGCUGUUUCUUUGGGAUAAAACAGAGUGCUGGAGAUGCCCAGCGUCAGUGGGAAGAUGAAAGUCCAUCAACCUGAAACAUUAACUCUUGUUUCUGUCUGCAUGGAUGCUGCCUGACCUGCUGAGUGUGUCUGGCAUUUUCUGGUUUUAUUUCAGAUUCUCAACAUCUGCAGUAUUUUAUUUUUUUUUUUUGCUUUUCAAUUUGUGUCUUUGAGAUUGGGCCUGACCCACCCCACCCUGAUCUGACCCAGUCUGGCCUGGUGAUGUACAGGUGCCAACUGAAGGCCAAAAACAGCAGGGUCCUGGCUACAGUUUGUACAAAUCUUUCCUUUUUCCCUGCAAGCCAGGAAUGCACAUGACACAUUCCCUUUAAAUUUAACAUAGUGUAGAGAUACUCUAUAUUCUAAGGUAUUUUGGUAAAGAAAAUAUAUUUACUAAGGUUUUUUGACUUUUUUUUAAAAUGACUCUCAGAUAAGACUUGUCCGCAACAUAGCAACUAACGCACCAAUUUCUCAAGAGCUAUGCAACUGAACGCUAGACACAGGAGACCAAUCCCUGAGGCCUCCCUGCAGUCCACAGGCCUAAAACAAAAGUCUUACCUUUCUGUAGCACCCUUCAUGCCUUCUGGAUGUCCCAAAGCAGCCAACCGUAGGCCUGGUUAUUCAGUAAGGAAGGGUGGGAGUGGGUGGCUGGUUGGGAAUUGGGUGGGCCCAGCUGGUAGAGAGGAGGCCCGUGAUUCCUUUCUUCCCCAUAGCUCUGGAACGAGCCCAUUUGCUGAGCCCCACUGCAGCCAAUGCCUCGGCAAGGCUCUCCUCUACCUCAGUAAGUUGGAAUAAUUUGUUUGUCCGACGUCUCUCACUACCCCGAUCUUAGGAAUGGACCACAGGGGUGCGACAGCAAAUGUCCUUCCCGAAUCCACUGUUAGCUUAAUUAUUGAGGUCAAAUUCCCCAGCCGAGGUGAGAAGGGACACCUCUCCCGGGAUCAAUCCCAGGCCUCUGAAUGCUGAUCCAAUAACUCCCUGCCAAAACCAAUCCCCCUUCUAUACAUCGGGAAACGGUGGGGGCUUUAUAACAUUAGGAAUCGGGCCUACUACAACAGUGCCUAUUAGGUGUCAUCAGCUUAAUUAGUUCAGCACAACAUUGUGGGCCGAAGGGCCUGUUCCUGUGCUGUACUGUUCUGUGUUCUAUCGUGCCUGCUUGCUGGGACCAGUAGCUAUUGUGACCUCUCACGUGUUCCCUUCCAGUUGAUGUGAACCAAGAGGGGGAUCUCUUUGAUAUUAGUUGCGUGCAGCCAUUUUGCCUGCACUGCUUCAUGGGGCCACAGUCACCCCUCCCGACUCUGCCCUGGGUCAACUUGAGGGCUCCAACCAGCUGACUCCCCCUGAUAUGCUCACCUGCCCCGAGGUUUACCUUCACUUGCGGCGGACUCUUCGCAUCAGUAGACGUGCCAGGGUGGGCGAAGGGCUCAUGCUGUUGCAUUGAAGACCCACGGGACAGCCUUUCUACGACACGGUUGUGGAGAAUUCAGCUCCUCGUCCUGUGGUCAAAAGACCACCAACUCUUCCCGGUUCCACCUGCUUCUGAGCGUGAAACAUCUCAAGGGUCGUGGAGCAUGGGGACAGGCCCUUCAGCCCACCGAGUCCAUGCCGACCAUCACCACCCAUUUACACCAAUCCCAUCAUCCUCCCCACGUUCCCAUCACCUCCACCCCCCCCCCCCCCCCCCCCCCCAGAUUCUACCCCUCACCCACACACUGGGAGCCAUUUACUGCGGCCAAUUAACCCACCAGCUCACACGUAUUUGGGAUGCAGGAGGAAACUGGAGCACCCACGGGGAAAACCCAUGGGGUCACAGGGAAAACGUGCAAACUCCACACAGUCAGCGCCAGAGGUCGGGAUCGAACCGGGGUCGCUGGAGCUGGGAGGCAGCAGCUCCACCACCUCUGAUCCCCACUGACAAUUACAUCGCUGGCAUCAAACAGUCUCCCACUCUCGCCAAAGGAAAUCCAGACUGGAUUCUAAUUAACCACCCAUUACAACAACAGCUUAGAUUCGUAUAGCAGACCAGACAAUACCGGCCUGCAAAUUGAGGCUCUGUAACAGCUAGGGCAAGGAGGUGACUUUAAGACGCACCUUACAGGAGGGAAGGAACUCUGGAGGCAGCUGAAGGGACAGCCACCAGUGGUGGGGCAAUUAAAUUGGAGGUGAUGGAGAGGAGAGCAAGAGUUCUGAGGACUGGAGGGAGAAGGAUUUAAAGGCAAAAAUGAGAAUUUUAAAAUCACUUAGGAGAAUCGAUGGGUCACUGCUUCUCGAAUUUCAAUUUGGGUUCAAUUUAAAUUUGAGCUGUGGUGUCCAGGCUUUACAUUGAUGUUCUGAAGGCUCAGAUUAGAUCAACCCCCUUCCCCACUACACUUCCUGCUGUCAAUCCCUCCUUCCCGAUAACUUUGGGCUUGUAUCCCACACGGCACAAUUUAACAUUCACAUUUUCUUUCUGCUUAAUAAUUUACAAGCCAUCUAUUAGAAACAAUUUGUUUUGCCUGAUGAAUAUUAAUGAGGAUUUGGUAAUAAGACCAGUUGCCAUAGCUACAGCAGUAGGUCUACAAUCUGCAUAGGCCAAUUCCUUGCUGUAAUGUUUACACGAGCACCUCGUAAAAAGUCUUGGCUUUUGUUCAGUGGAAGACUUGCCUGUUAAUGUUUGCUUGAAGAUGUCAAAGCCUGUUGCUAGUUCUUGAACUGUUUCCCACCCACCCUGACCCCCUACUCCCAAUAUAUUCCAGUGAUUAAUGGUAGACUGCGAAAUAUGCAGAGGCGGUAGAUAAAUAUUUGAAAGAUCGGGGAACUGAGGGCCCUGGGCACAGAACAGGAGGUGAGGCCUGGGGCAGACCAGCCCCAAUCCUAUUGAACAGGCUUGAGGGGCCGAGUGGCCUACUUCUACUCCUAGAGCAGCAAACAAUCUGCUGGAGGAACUCAGCGGGUCGAGCAGCAUCUGUGGGAGGAAAGGCAAUGCCUCAGACGCUGUGAUUGUGUCCGAUUCCGUCACCUCUCCCUGCAGCGCAUUCCAACUAUCAACCACUCUCUAGGUAAAGAGAAACUUACCCCUUAAAUCCGCUUUAAAGCUCCUUCUUCUCACCUUAAAACUUUUUUUUCACCCCUCCCAUGGGGGAGAAAAGAUUUUGACUAUCGAUGCCUCUCAUGAUCUUCUACACCUCUCUCAGGUCACCCCCUCAGCCUCCUUUGCUCCAGAGAAGCCAAGCCCAGCCGGUCCAAUCUCUCCCCAUCCAGGGAAUCUCCUCUGGACUCUCUCCAGCGGAACCGCAUCCUUCCUACAGUGUGGUGACCAGAAUUGCACACAGUGCUCCCAGUGCAGUCUAACCAGUGUUUUGUACAGUUGCAACGCAAUGUCCCGACUCUUGUAUUCUACGCACUGACCAAGAAGGCCCGCUCGCCGUAGGCUGCCUUCACCCUUAUUUGACUGUAAAUGCCCAUAAUCAGCGGGCUGGCUCCCGACUAAUACAAUGCAUCCUCACUCUGUAACCAGGUCCGUGCAGGGCUCUGCCCGUUCUCCUCCACGUUUUAAAUUCCUGCCCCCGAUACCUCUCCUGACUUGUUGCUUCUGUCAUCUUAUCAAAAUACAGCAUCUCCCUAAAUAAUUAUAAACUCUUUAUAGUUUAUAAAUCUAUAUUGCUGUUUUAAAAAAAAAUAUGUACCAGUAAUAUAUUGCUUUAAAUUAACUUUUGUAAAGAAGAACCUAACUUACUAAAGAUGCACAGGAUCAGCCCCCUUAAAGGUGGCACCUGGGUGUAGUUUUGUUUCCUCAAACUGGAACCAGCGGCCUGCAUUGUUGUAGCGCCUCUGAAGAGCCGGCGGCAACGUUGUGGCGCUGAGCCACACAUUAAGGCAGGUGGACCGAGGAUUUAAGGGGGAGGGUCUUAAAGGAGGAAGGAAAGGGUUAGGGAGGGAAUUCCAGAGCUCGGGACCCAGGUAGCUGUAGACGGGGCUGGCAGUGGUCAGGUGGUGUAACUUGAGGUGCUGAAUGGAAGACCCUGUGUCCCACCUACGACUUACAAGGAACUGCCACUUGCCCAGAUGUUCCACCCAGCUGUUUUGUCCCUUGGUGCCACCUCCCCAACCACACCCACCCCCGCCCCUGCCCUCUGCCCAACCCUGCACCUCUACUUACUCACCCACCAGGCAGCGUUGACUGAUCUGGGCAGUGCCCCCGAUCUGUCUCCCUCCGCAGUGGGAGGGGCCGAUACGUACCAGAGCCCCCUUCCCUUCCCGUGGAGAUGUGGCUCCCACCAGUGACGUGUGUGGGACACAGCAGGCUGGAGCACACCGGGGUGAUGGCGCGUGGGGGAGACGCGAAGGUGCAGAAUCUACAGUUACACAACCAUCCAAUAUCCAGCCCUGGUGAAGUCUUCAGAUCUGAAUGUUGGGCGGGGAAAGCACAGAGGAGGCCAGUUUAAUGCAGCCCCCGCCCUGUCGAAUUUCUACCCCUGUUCGCGGGGGGAGAAAAAAGCAAACAAUUGCUAGUUCGAUUCCAGCCAUCGGCUGCAUUGAGGGUCCGUCCAGUGAGGGAGGAUUGUCUCCGGGUCUUGUCUAGGGAUUCCCAGGAUCCAGGUUUCCCAUGCCUUAUGUCUUAAUCUAACCUGGCGGAGACAAGGGAGCUUUCAGUAAGCCAGGUCUUGCACCCACCUGUGUUACGGUUCCAUGCAUGGGGGAAUAUUGCAUUGUGGGGUUUUAACUUAAUGCCAAAUUCUUAUUUUAUAUGUAUUAAUAUAUAUUUGGAAUAGGUAUUGUUUAUUAAGCUCUAAGUAAUAGCAAACAUCAUCAGAGCCAGGAGAUGAGCUCGUGGCAGGAAGUUGUUCUUCGGAGAUUGUCUCAGCUUUCGGAAAAUUGUCUGGUUCACCAAGGAAGACCCUUGACCCCUUUACACUUUAAGGGUUGAGAAUUAGGACUAGGCCAAGCACCCAUUGCGUCUGUAUGCCAACACUGCGUCCUUGACAGACGGCACGGUGCGACUUAAACCCUUCACCACUCCUUGCUCCAUCCCCAAAUUUGUUGCCUACCAGUCCUCUGUGGGGCAGCUAUGUGGCACCUGCGCCAGUGUCCCUGGACUGGGCAGUUUUACAUUAGGUCAAUCAGUAGGUAGAUCUGUAACAGCUUCCAAUGGGUCUGUGAAACUCCACAAUUAAUAAAAACAUCUCCAUCGUUACACGUCCAAAUUAUGUCUGGUUUCAGACAGAUACAGCCCACUUUCCUGCCCCACCACAGACUCCCUGGUACCUCGCAUGAGUAAAACUGUAUGCAAGUACUCCACCCAAUUGACGGACUUUCCCUUGUGGCCCGAACACCCGAGCGUUCUCCUGCUCUUUCUAUCCCUUCCUCUCUCAUAAGCUCAUAAAAUUUUAUUUUUGGAACGCCUUUGGCCGUGACCCCUUUCUGCUUCCCCUUGGGCGAGGCUUUACUCUGCACCCUUCCUGGGGCCCACCCCCUGCCCUACAACCCUCCUAUCACCUAAACCCUCGACAGUGGAAUUUCACCGCCCUCUGUGUUGUUGGUGACCACUGCAGACUGCAUUUCUAGUUGUUGUCUCAGAGUUGUUAUGGGGCUGUGGGUGGAAAGAGGGGGGAGUUUUGACUCCCCCCUGUCCUAUAUCUCUUUGCAUCUAGCCCAUUGAGUCUAUGGCAGCUCUCAAAGCAAUCACAUUCCCCCACUAAUUCUUCUCCCCCUUGUAUAUUCUCCCCACAUUCCCAUCAAUUCCCCCCUCCCUCCAAUUCAACCCCUCACUGGGGCAAUUUACAGCGGCCAGUUAAACCCACUGACCCGCCCGCCUUUGGGAUGUAGGAGGAAACCAGGGCACCCGGGGAGGGGGAUCAAACACGGUCACAGGGAGAACGUGCAAACUCCACACAGACAGCGCCGGAGGCCAGGAUCAAACCCAGGUCACUGGAGGUGGGAGGCAGCUGCUCUACCCGCUGGACCUCGUGCUUUGCCAUUUGCGUCUUUCUCUACCCCAACCAGUAAGAAACAUUACACUCGCACCGUGGCCCUAAUACAGGACGUGAUUGGCUCAGAAGGGAACCCCCCCCAAGGAAUACCUGGAAGUUUUGAGGGUUAAUACUGCAUUUCUGUUAAAUGUUUCCUUCAACUAUUUUGUUAAUGAAAGUAUUAGCGAUGGGGAGAGGAGGGACAACUAUUCAUCCUGGAGGUGGCUAGACCAGGAGAUCUUGCAAUAAAGACUCCUGGAACCCUUUCAACCAAUUCCCUUUGGGAAUUGUUUUUCAUUUCCUGUUGGAUUGUAUUCUUCAAUGUCACAAAUCCCACACCACUUAGAUCUGGAAGACUUAAUAAAAUGAUAACUCUACCAAGCCAAGGGAGGUAGUGAAAUAUCGCCAGACCAUUUUUCAAAAGCAGGACAAUCGAUGAAUUCAUGGAGAUAUUUAAUAUUCUUUAACCUCUUAGUAUUAGCUUUCCUGACCAUUUUUUUUGUUAAAAUGACCAAGUACUGUAUUUAAGGGUCUGCAGAAUUACUGUCAGACUGGCUCAAUCUUCAGUAGUGGACACAGCCCAAAUCAUAUGAUGGGCAUCUUUACCUGGCUUUUCGUUUAUUCAGUGGCUAUGUUCCAAUAAACUGAUUUACCAUACAACACCAGCUCUUUGUCUGUGCUGAC